AUGUGUCAAAUGAUUGUGUUCUGGCAUUCCUGCGGCCACCUCUAUGCUUCCUAUCUGCAGUGUCCUUUCAAAGGGUUAGAAAGACAUGAGGACGAUCUUGCUACAGCAGCCACUGUCGAUGUUAAAUGCUGGGCGUGCAAAACGACCGAAUGCCCCGUGACCAAAAAUCUGAAGACAACCCUUCUGACCGUCGAGCAUCUCGAAGUUAUACUCGGAGAAUCGUCCACUGACCUAGGCUUCCUAGAGUCGGUCAUCGGGUUCUACGCACACGGAGACCAUUCCCGCUACUGGGACCAGCCAGGACCCCGCAAAGCCGAGUACGUAGUGGACGAUCCCUAUAUGGAGGACAUGGGAGCCGAGACCUAUCUAGAAGCAGCUGCCCGGACGGGGAAAUUCGCAUGCAACGCCGGAUUUGCCUUUGAUUUGGAGAUCGCUCAGGCUGCUCGAAACGAUCCCCAGAAUCACAACAAUCUCAAUUGGUUUGCGAGAGGCGCUUACUCUACAUAUCCGUUCUACUAUCGAUUAUCCGAUAAGUCCGUGUUUCAGCCCCCAGGAAAUGUGGCACGCCCCAAGCCCUUUACUAUCUUAGAGGAAUCUCUUCACAAGAAACCGACAUCGAAUCCCAGGUACGGUAAUACGGCUACACUUGGUGAAGACAGUCUCCUGGUAUUCGCUUUUUACCCUGAUGAUGGCUCCUUGUCUACAGAGAACAGCCCAACGAGCGAGAUACCGCAGCUAAGCAAUGAUACCACAGGCCCCAUCCAGAACGAUCUCGAGCUUGGUGAUUUGAACAGCAUGCUGGCUCUCAUGUCAGCAAACGCCAAUAGUUCCAUGUCUACUGGUGUUGAAAGCCCUGCUGAAAACACGCUCGCAGUUCCCUUCCAGAACAAUGUCGUGGCGCCUACUCAGAGCGACGUCGCUGACCCCUUCGUUGAAACUGUCACUAGUUUUGUCCCUAACGUUACAACACCUGCCUUCAACGGAGUUGCCACCCCUUUCCUGGAACGGUUGAUUAACUCUAUGCAGGAUGGUACUGCGGGGCGCACCCAGGGUGAACCCUCAGGCAUCCAGACGAACGCAGUUGCUCCCAUCCAAGAUAACGAAGAACACAAUAUGGACUACGAGUAUACCCCGAACACAGCCAUCGACAGCGAAUCCAGCUACGACACAGAGCUGCCAAUCAUUGUCAGCCCCAAGGACGGCUUCGAAUUGCCAAACCACGGACAUUCUUCCACUGGGGCGCAUAGAGAAGGCGAACACUUCAACAACCAACAGCCUCAAGACCCCGAGCGAUAUCAAAACGCAUUUGUAUCUUACCAAGCUUACUACCAAUUCACCCACUCCACACCCACCUCCACAGCAGAGGCUUUCCCCGAGUCGUCGAUGGACCCAACUUCUCCUGAGCUGCCGCCGACCCAGGUUCCCCGUUCUCGGCUUUUUUCUGGGCUUGACGACGUUUCAAUGGAUGGUAAUCCCCCAUCUAGCGAUACAAUCGAGGAUUGGUCAACUAUCUAUGACCAGGAUAGUGUGGGGGGUGUGAUGCAGGAUGAUGACGGAGAAGCCGCGAAUGAGGCUUACUCUCAGACUGAGGAAUAA